AUGGGCUGCUGCGGCUACAUCUUCAACGCCAUCGCCGUGGGGCUCAUCGCCUACGCGGCGCACUACGGCUACAAGGAGGCGUCCAGUAAGCCCGACUACGGGCCGGCCUACGCGCUUCCCGACUGGUGGUGGAAGGCGCGGCUGCCCGACUCGGUCUCGCUCAUCGACGCGAGCGACGCGGAGGGGCUGAAGAAGGUGCUCUUCGGCGGCGACCCGUGGCUGCUGCAGUGCUACUCCGGGCUGCCCUUUGCCGGGCAGCACCUCCCACGCCCGUACCGUGUGCACCCCGCCUUCAAGGACGCGCUCGGCUCGAUGGGCGGCGGCGUGCGCGGCGGGCUCAUCGACUGCGAGGCGAGGCUGCCCUCGAACAAGAGCGUGGUGCAGAAGCUCGGCCUCGUUCGCCGCACCCAGCCCCUCCUCGUCCUCGCCAACGGCGGCGCCGCCCCGAAGCAGCUCCCCUCGUCGGCGGCCGCCUCGGCGCAGGCCAUCUCCGCGUGGGUGGCACCCAAGGCGGAGCCGCGCGUCCUCUCGAUUGGGACGCAAAAGACCUUCGCGGCGACGUGCGGCGGGAAGCGGCCCUGCCUCCUCGCCCACCUCGACGCCGACUCGGGCGUCCUUGAGGCGCUCUCCCGCCGCUUCCGCACGCUCGAGGCGCGCGUCUCGCUCCUCCUCCCGGACCCGGACGACCUCGCCGAGCGGGUGGCGGCCAAGAAGGCGGGCAACCAGAAGGCAGCGCGCCGCGCCGCCAACCCGCCCCGGCUGCUGCGCGGGUACGUGGGCGACGAGGACGUGCCGUCGCUGAGCGCCUUCGUGCAGGAGGCGCUGCGGGACGCCGGCUCGGCGGUGCGUCGGGACGGCACCGACGCUUUCAUGCGGACUCCGCUGCCGACGCUCUCGCGCAAGAAGCGGGCCGGCGACGGGGCCGGCAAGGCCGGCAAGGGAGAGGGCAAGGCCGGCAAGGCCGGCAAGGCCGGCAAGGCCAACGACAACGCCGAGGCCGACCUCAGCAUAGACAGACCGACGCAACACCAGAACACCGGUGCGAUGUCCAUGUCGUGCAAAAUUCGAAAAUGGGUCACGCGAUCGCAGAAGGUACCGAUAGCGUGCCCCGAAAACGGCGACACAUAG